CCUUCAACGUUUCAAUGAAAAAAUGAAAAGUCCAACAUUAGAGAGAUAUGGUACAAACCAUUCCUCAGAUGAAACACCAGUACUGGAUAUAAAACGAUUUCGUGCUGCAUCCUUACAGGGAGGUUAUGCAACUGAUUGGGUUCCAUAUGAAAACGUCCAGAAGAACGUCGAAAAAACCGAAAGAGAAUUGGGCUUAUACAGCUUAUAUAAUCUUCUUGAGGCCAUCUUUACUUUUCCGGAUGAAUACAGAUGCAAGCAAUAA